GUAAGAAAUAAAAAGAAUAAAAGAGAGGACAGACAAUAACAUGUGUUCUAGUUAUCCGUGGCAAAAUGUUACUUUAGCCUUUUGGUUAAGGUACCCAAAUCCAUUCGCUUCUCACGUGCUUGCUGUGGAUGUCUUGGAUCGAUAUGUGGAUGAGAAUGGUAUAUUGAAAACAACAAGGCUUGUUCUCAAAAAGGGCAAGGCACCUAAAUGGUUUCCUGAAAACAUCCUCAAGAACUCUGAAGCCUUUGUGAUUGAAGAGUCUGAGGUUGAUCCAAAGAAUAAGACAAUGAUCACUCGUACAAAGAAUUUGAACCAUGUCAGAGUGAUGCAAAUUGAAGAAACACAGAUAUUUAAGCAACAUGAUCAAAAUCCUGAUUGGACAUCUUGUAAAACAGAAGCUCGUAUCAUUUCUCGAUUUGGCUGGGGAUUAACUAGUAAGAUCGAAGGAUUUGGACAGAGUACCUUUAUUGCCAAUGCAGCCAAGGCUCGUAAAGGAAUGCAGCAUAUCCUUCAACGUAUUCGUGAUAAGCAAGCCUCGAGAGUUUCCUUCCUGCACCAACAACAACAAACUGUCUAAGAUCAAAAAAAGAUCAGUCCACAAUUCUUUAAAAUGUACUAUUUAUUGUAUACACCACACCUCCUCUUCAUUACAUCCACCCUAACACUCAACUCUUUUGUUUCCUUAUUCCCUCUUCUUCUCUCUUAUCCUCCUUUGUACAUACAAUCUUUCACUUUAAAAAAUAAAAUAAAAUGCAAUUUUCGCUUUCUAUACUAAUCAUGUGACACUUGUAACCUGUCAAUUUUAUAAUAAACUUGACUGUGUAAAGACUAUCCAAAGAACCGUUUAACAGGAUAUUUGUAUAAUAUGAAGACUGUCAGCAAAACUUUUGAUUCUAAUA